GAAGAAGAAGAAGAAGAAGAAGAAGAAGAAGAAGAAGAGUAUUUUCUUGUUCUAAUCUGCGGACCAUCGCAAAUAGAGCCCGUGGGAUUACUUUUCACAAAUGUGAAGAGUGAAUCAUGUCUGGAUGGAGAAAUAACAUCAUCAACAUCAAAAGAAGGUAUGACAGCAGAAACUCAAGAGAAGAAACUUCAUUCAGGAGAGCACAGAGUGAAGAAGAAGAAGAAGAAGAAGCAGUUUCACUGUCAGCAUUGUGGGAAGGAUUUUGUGGUCUUAUCUAAGCUGACACGUCACAUGGCGAGACACAGUGAUGAAAAGUCUUUCUACUGCACUGAAUGUGGCAAAUGUUUCAAAACCAAAGGAUAUCUUGAUAGUCAUCAGAGAAUUCACACAGGAGAAAAACCACACGAGUGUCCUCACUGUGAGAAGAGAUUUAACCGGAACCAUCAUCUGAAAGCACAUGUGCUUUCACACACCAAUGAGAGACCGUAUCAGUGCAGUGAAUGUGGAAAAACCUUUAAGUGUUUACGCUCUUUAAAAUUACACACAAAAUUUCACAGUGAGGAGAAAAUCUAUCAGUGUUCACACUGUGAUAAACGUUUCCAUCAGAAAGCUCAUCUGAUAGUCCAUGAGAGAAUUCACACUGGAGAGAAACCUUACGUCUGCUCUCACUGUGGUAAGAGCUUCUCUUGUUCAUCUCAUUUCAGUGCCCAUCAGAGAGUUCACACUGGAGAGAAACCUUACAUCUGUUAUGUUUGUGAAAAGAGUUUUAAUCAACAUCAAAAUUUAGUGAAACACCAGAGAACUCAUACAGGUGAAAAACCUUACAAAUGCUCUCAGUGUGAGAAGACGUUUGCUCAGUCAGUUCACUUAAAACUCCAUCAGAGAGUUCACAUUGGAGAGAAACCUUACGUCUGCUUUCAAUGUGGGAAGAGAUUUUGGGAUUCAUCUCAAUUAAGUGUUCAUCGGAGAGUUCACACUGGAGAGAAACCUUAUGACUGUAGUCUUUGUGGGAGGAGUUUCAGUCGACAUGGCCAUUUAUUGUUACAUCAGAGAACUCAUACAGGUGAAAAACCUUUUAAAUGCUUUCAGUGUGAGGAGACGUUUACUGAGUCAGGUCACCUCAAAGUCCAUCUGAGAGUUCAUACUGGAGAGAAACCUUCUGACUGUACUCUUUGUGGGAAGAGUUUUAGACGACACUCAAACUUAAUAAAACAUCAAGAAACUCAUACAGGUGAAAAACCUUUCAAAUGCUUUCAGUGUGAGGAGACGUUUACUGAGUCAGGUCACUUAAAAGCUCAUCUGAGAGUUCAUUUGUGAGAGAAACCUCAACACUGCUCGAUCUGGAAAGAGAGUCACUAAAGCAGGAUCUUUUAAGACUGAUCAGAAGAAACUACACUUGAAUUAUUGUAGCUUUGUGUUUAUUCAGAAUGAGUUCAGUGAACUUUCAUGGCUUUGUCGGAGAAUAAAUGUAAUGUUCUUA